AGAACAGGUGACCGGCACCUUUAUUUUGAAAGAUGAGCCGAACAGUUGGCUUGUUGAUGUGAUGGUCACACCUGCGUGCGCCGCUUUCCCAACUUACCAUCUACAAAAGAAACAACGGAUGCUUAAACGGAUUUAAUCCAAAGCCCAAGGCAUUUUCUCAUCUUGGCAUCUUUUGGGAUCAUUUCGGCGUGCGUAAUUAUGUGCACAACCUCAUAGUAUCUUCGUUUCUCAGGAGGCUGAGUGUGUUUGUGGUCUCUGUGAGACUAACAGAGGACUGGAGAGCCAGUGAGAGUCGGGGGUUUCAUCAGCCUCACAUUGAGGAGUGUUUCUGAGAGUGUGUAUGCAUGUGUGUCAUGAUGGGGGACGUCAUCGACUUGGACCGACAGAUCGAGCAACUCCGACGCUGUGAACUUAUCAAGGAAAAUGAAGUCAAGGCGCUGUGUGCCAAAGCGAGGGAGAUUCUGGUGGAAGAGAGUAAUGUUCAGAGGGUAGAUUCUCCCAUCACGGUCUGUGGAGAUAUACAUGGACAGUUUUAUGAUUUAAAGGAGCUAUUUAGGGUGGGGGGAGAAGUUCCAGAGACAAACUACCUCUUCAUGGGAGACUUUGUGGACAGAGGGUUCUAUAGCGUGGAGACUUUUCUGUUGCUGCUAGCAUUAAAGGUGCGAUACCCUGACCGAAUAACGCUGAUCAGAGGGAAUCACGAGUCGAGACAGAUCACGCAGGUGUAUGGCUUUUAUGAUGAGUGUCUUAGAAAAUACGGCUCUGUUACAGUCUGGAGGUACUGCACAGAGAUCUUUGACUACCUGUCCCUCUCUGCUAUUGUCGAUGGCAAGAUAUUUUGUGUGCACGGUGGCCUUUCUCCAUCUAUUCAAACUCUGGAUCAGAUUAGGACUAUUGACCGAAAACAGGAAGUUCCUCAUGAUGGACCCAUGUGUGACCUACUAUGGUCUGACCCAGAAGACACCACAGGGUGGGGUGUGAGUCCCAGAGGAGCUGGAUAUUUGUUCGGUAGUGAUGUGGUGGCACAGUUUAAUGCUGCCAAUGAUAUCAGCAUGAUCUGCAGAGCUCAUCAGCUGGUGAUGGAGGGCUACAAGUGGCAUUUCAAUGAGACGGUGUUAACGGUGUGGUCUGCUCCAAACUACUGUUAUAGGUGUGGUAAUGUGGCCGCCAUUUUGGAGCUUGAUGAGCAUCUUCAGAAGGAGUUCAUCAUAUUUGAAGCUGCACCUCAGGAAACCAGAGGAAUCCCCUCCAAGAAACCUGUGGCUGACUACUUUCUUUGACCCCCUUUUUUUCUUUUUUCGUCUUUUUUUUUUUUUUUUUUUUUUUCUUCAGUCCAGGAGAGAAAUUGGAAACAUCAAAAACAACCUGUAUGAACUGACACUUUUUUUGUUUUAUUCCUUUUUUUUUUUUUUUUUUUUUGUGCUGGGAAGCUUUUAUCUGCACAACAUUUCAGUACUUCUGUGAAUGGACCAGUUACAGCGUUUACUGCCUGUUUCUCAUUAGCCUUCACAUUCCUUCCUCAUUACAAAUGUAUUUCUUACAGCUUGUAAAAUGUAUUUGAACUUGUUUUGACUGUCCCUAAUUAUGUGGUAGUUUUGUAUUUUCAAACUGGUGAUAUUUUUUCCAACAAAAAGAAUAAAAUGUGUGGGUUUAUAUAUUUGUGUAUAUAAGUCUACAAAAAUGAGCAUAUACACAAACUUGUUAGUUUUUGAUAUGUAUUGUAUUUUAUAUAGCUGGCGUUCCAUAUUUGUAAUCAUUUGGCACUGAUAAGAAAAAAAAAUUUAGUCAAACCUAAAACAAUUUGAGAUAUUGCAUCAAAGGCUGUGAAGAUGUAAGUAAUACAUCAUAAUGGCAUCAUGGACAAAAUUACACACUUUUAGGCCGUUUUGAUUCUGACUUGUUGCUGUUUUACAAAACAAGCACUUAAUGUCCAACAUAUUGUGUCGGAUUGCAGGCGUAAGGCAGAUUAUUCCUUUUGAUUAGACUAGAUAUUUGCUAUUAUGUAACCUUUUUCUGUUUCUGGUUACCUGACAAUCUUUCUAAACUUACAGUGGUCCAUCUAAAUGAAUCGAAGAUAUCAGACAAUGUUUCAUAAUGUCAUUUAUAAUUUAGUUUAUAAAAGUGCAUUUAAACUGUGUUUGUCCAUCAAAUCAUACAUGCUCUAAAUAAAUCUUUCAGGAAGUAAUAUUCAUUUGCUACCA